GCUCAAAGGUGAAAAGACAGAGACAAGAACGAGAGAGAAUUAUGCAGCAAAAUAUGCAGGAAAGACUUGAGAGAAAGAAGAGAAUUGAAGAAAUAAUGAAGAGAACUAGAAAGGCAGAACAGAAUGAAGCCAAGCUACAGAGUGAAGAAAAAUCUAGUAAUGAGGUUAUGGAAGAAGAGGAGGAGGAAGAGGAAGAAGAGACAGAAGAGAAGGAUUUUGAAAAAGUGAAUCCUUCAGUAAAGAUAAAUGGCAUUGACUCAUCCCAGGAAAUGAGGACACAAUCUGAAAUGAGUUCCGAGGCAUUGCCCGGAGAGGUAAUUUAUGAAGAGCAAUCUGCAGAAAUGCCCAAGGAGGAGACCAGUGAAGUAUUUGCAAAUGGUGACAAGCAGACUGUUGAGCAGAAGACUGGAGAAUCUUUACAUUUGGUGUCACCAAAGGAUUCCCGUUCUUCAGCAAAAGAAGUGGUUAUCCAGAACUCGGAAAUAGUGCAUGUUAAUGAAGCGGAUCAUACAACUGGAUUUGUUCCAAAUAUUAAUGGGAAAUCUAGCGCAUGGACUUUCGAAGAGAUUAUCGAUCUUGGAGUUAAUGCCAAGUCAACCAAAUUGAGCUCAGAUGGCUUUGUUUCUGAUAGCUCUGAUCAAAACUUGAAUGAUGCUGCUACAUUCCCACCUAAUCCCAAGGUGGUCUUUGAGGAAGAUGGAGCAGUAAAUACCCUGACCAAACCAAUAGAGACUCCAUCAGAACUGUGAACACUACCGCCCUGGAAGUAAUCUGACUGCACUUCAGUUAUCCAGUGUUUGGUGAUGUACCGAAAGCCUUGUUUCAGUAAGCUGCUUGUUUCCUUUACUCAACUUCAACUUACAAAGAAAACAUCCAGGGAAGAGAUUAUAAACUCCUAAACUUGCACCUUGAAAUUUUUCAGGGAAAUUUCCUUGCUUUUAUUACUUUUUGUUUUGGGCAGUUUGACAAGGUUUCUUAGUUGUUGCUUUCAUUUUCUUUAAUAAAAUAUCUUGUUUUUUCUCUCAGUACUUUAUUUUGUAUUAGUGUAUGUACGGUGGUGUGUAUGAGCAGUAUCUACCAACCAACUACUGGCAGAUAUUUUUGCACAUUUCUAAACUCUUGGUGAGGAAUAAACCUUUCAGUUCUCACUAAGAUAUUGUUUAUACUGCUUUACUAUUAAAAGUUUGAAAUUACAAUCCUGUACAAAGAACAAGACGGUUCUCUUUCAAUGACCCAUUAAGGGUUUGUCGCAUCAUUUCUAUAAUAGGAAAGUUUUGGAUUUUUAAAUUCAAUAAAUUGUAUUUAUUGUAAUUUAUACAAUUUUAUUAUCAAGUGGACAUCUUAAGUUUACAAUCUCUGCCAGUCUACAUGCACUAAUAUCUUGAAAAUGAGAGAACAGUGUUUGUCUUAGAAGUAUAAUAUUUGUCAUGCUUCAUUGUUUUCUUCUGAAUUGCAUAUUUAUGUUUAUCUGCACAAACAUGUAAGUAUUUUUAUUGUGUACAUAAAACAGUAUUAGAUCAUUGUCUUGUGGGUUUUGUUAUUAUUCUGAAUGUUCUUUGUGCUAGCCCUUUGCUCCAUAGGAUAUAUUCCCUCACCCGUUAAAGUCUACAGAAAGUGCUAUUUAACCAGAUCUUCUCCAGCAUGAUGAGCUGAAAUGAAUAGCUUUCUUUCACGAGACUGUUGGGAAGUUCAGCUGCAGUCUUGUUCUUCAACCUGCUAACCUAUCCCAGAUAAGAGAUCUCAUCCAAACCAUUGGCUAACUCCAAUUCAAAUUACUCAUCCUACUUCUUAAUGAUUUUCAGUGUUUAAUUACAAAUAGUUUUGGCAGAAGUGAUUGUCUUGACAGUCUCCAAACGGGAAGCCGUUGUCCUGGUUUCUCAGACCGAUGCUAUUCAGAGUAUAGUAUAAUUGUUUUCGAUUAGAGCAGUGCCUUAGAGUUAAAAAGAUGUAUUUUUGUAUAAUAGUUCUUUCUGGCAGAGACAAUCAUUCUAACAAAUAAGAUGCUGUUUUUUUUUUCUUUGCAAAUGUUAUUUGUUGAAUGCUGUUUCAGCUGUAUAUAAAUGUGCACUGUUAAAUAAACUUUACAGAAGAAAAGUUUAUUUUUGUUAAUAGUCAUGUAAAGACAGCAUACUUUAGUAAAGAUAUGAAUAACCUCAUCCACCUAGAUUCAAUAAAUUCUGUUCAAAUGUA